CGGCUGUAUAUUUGGUAGUUGCACGUAGUUUAUUAACCUUAUACCCUGAUAUACACGGAACCGACGUUUUUGCCAGGUGAUUCCAAGGCUGAUGAAGUAAGGCGGACCUAAAUCGCGAGAAACAGUGGAGUUGAUACAUACUGUAGAACAGCACUUAGUACGGGAUGCGGUUAAGGGAAGAUUUAUCAGUUUCCUGACAACUGCCGUGGCACAACGACCUUAAAAGUUCUCACUCUACAACUGCAAGGAAAUCGACUCUUCGAAAUGGCAGACUCGAAUUCCUUGCCACCAGAUACUAACGACAAUAUAAAGAGUGAUGGAGACACUGCUGACGAAACGACUAAUGAUCCUGCCAGUGAAAGAGAAGAAGCAUCACCAACCACUACUACAACUACUACUGUUGAUAAUAAUGAAGACGAUGAUACUGAUCACCCAUAUGGUACAAAGGAGAAGAUAACACAGGAACAGCUCCAACGCAUGCUAGCUGAUUCAAUCAUUGCAGGGUCACCUUUAAAAGAUGCCCAAAUUAUCCUUAAUGCUGGUGCCCAGGUAAAUCUUCCAGUAAAGAGAGGUUUAAGACCGCUUCACUAUGCAGUUUACGACAAUUCAUACAAGUACACAAAGUUCAUGCUCAUGCGUGGCAGUGACGUAAACGCCCGGGAUGAUAUCGGUUACAGCCCUAUGCACUUGGCUGCUUGUCAUGGUCACUACGACGCUAUGAAGAUCCUCUUAGAACACAACGCAACGCUUAAUUUUAACCCGAAAAUUGAAAAGAAGGAAGAUAUCAAAGUUGAAGACACAGUCGAUGGUGGAGACGAUGGAACUGGUGGUGGGGCGAACUCUGAAUCUUUAGCUCUAGAACCACUCACCCUCGCUAUCGAACACAAUCAUAUCAAAUGUGCAAAAAUGCUUCUCGAGCACGGGGCAGAUCCUAACAAUAAGUAUUUUCUUGGGCACGAGAUCAAUGUGUGUCCAUUAACGAAUCAUGCUUGUCUACGACUCUUGCUCGAACAUGGUGCGAAUCCGAAUACAUUUGGCCGUAGUGGCCAUACACCACUGAUGAAAGCAUGUAAGGAACAAAAUAUCGAAGCCGCCCAGAUACUUCUUAAUCAUAACGCUGAUCCUAAUGUACAAUGCCCACCACGUUUCGAACAGAAAAACGCAUUGUUCUUCGCCGUUUAUUCCGGAAAUGAAGAAAUGGUUCAUUUGCUUUUGAAAUCUGGUGCCAGUAUGAGUCGAGCCGAGAACUAUGCAUCACCGCCGCUCGAAAUCGCCAUACUAAGAAGUCGUGUGGAAAUUGCUCAGAUUCUGCUCGAUUAUGGCGCUGAUGUAAAUGAACUGAAUGAGCACAAAUGUCCCCCUCUUCUAGUCGCAUGUACAGCUAGUAAUAUCAAAGAACGAGAGAAAAUUGUUGAGCUAUUACUUAAAAAUGGCGCUGACCCAAACUACUACAACGAUGAAGUUACUACGACAUAUGCCGACCCUUGCCUAACUCCCUUGAUUGAGUAUUUGUGUUAUAAUGACAUACUUUCAUACAAUAUCGUUCAUUUGUUAAUCAAAUAUGGAGCCACAGUUCAUAUAGUCAAGACGAUGAAGUUAUUUAGAAACGCUGAAGAAACUCGCAUAGGGAGACUUGGUUGUUUGCAUUAUCUUAAUAAAGUUGAGGCGUACCCCGACAUUUUGGAACUUAUUUUAGAGGCGGCAGAAUAUAUUGAUACUGACGCUGUGAAGAAGUCCAGAAAGCUCUCAUUGGACGUCAUUGCGCAUAUAGUACAUAUAGCCUCGAACCCAUAUAGUCUCCAACACUAUGCCCGGUUUAAGAUCAGACGGAGUGCUAAGUCACCUGUGCCGACCAGCAUUAAACAACUGACGUUGCCAAACUAUUUAAAAUCGUAUAUUACAUUUGAAUUAUGAUAUUUAUUGUUCUUUUUACAACAUAUUCAUGAUUUAAUUAUUCAAAGCAAUAUCGCUUAUACCAAUCCCGAAUAAUAUACAAAAUACAAUCAAAUAAAUUAUUGUACGUAUUGUAAGAAACCGAUACAAAGAGUGAGUUGUAAUGCUAUUAUUUGAGAGCGUGUUAGUACGUUAGUGAUUUGAGCAUGCGUACGAUUUAAGGUCAGGGUGCACUUUAAUG